UCUGGGAACGCGAACGGCGAGCGCGAGCAGCCUCCCCGCGGAUGUCGGAAGAGCCGCGCGGGCCAAUUGCGAGCGCGCGCGGAGCGGCUCGGGGGCGAGGAUUGGACCGGGCCGCUCGAAUGAUCGCGCCGGGAACGAGAGCAGGUAGCGGCAGCGCGUGAACUUUGUUACGGAGCGCAGAAGCCGGAGCGGCGCCGACGGAAGCGGGAGGAAGGAAGAAGGAGAGCGGAGCAGGUCGGUGGCGUUGCUCUGCAGCCGAGGAGCGCGAUGGGCGGCGGGGGGCAGCACUGCCAGGGCAGCCGCCUCUACACGUGGACAGAGGUGCAGCAGCACUGCCAAAGGAGUGACCAGUGGCUGGUCAUCGACAGGAAGGUGUACGACAUCUCUGAGUGGGUGAAGCGGCAUCCAGGUGGACAUCGGGUCAUCGGUCACUACGCGGGCGAGGACGCCACGGAUGCGUUCGUCGCAUUUCACCCGGAACUUGACUUCGUCCGCAAAUUCCUGAAACCGUUGUUGAUCGGGGAGCUGGACCCGUCGGAGCCCUGUCAGGAUCACCAGAAAAAUGCAGCAGUGACAAAAGAUUUCCGGGCCCUUCGUGAGGUUCUGGAGAGAGAGGGUCUGUUCCGGACCAGUCCUCUGUUCUUCUGCCUCUAUCUUGGGCAUCUCUUGGUCCUGGAGAUGCUGGCUCUCCUGGUGCUGUGGCACUGGGGAACAGGCUGGAUCCCAACUCUUCUGUGCGCAGUGAUUCUCACCACUUCCCAGGCUCAGGCGGGAUGGCUUCAACAUGACUUUGGCCACCUCUCAGUCUUCAGGAAGUCAUUUUGGAACCACCUUCUGCACAAGUUUGUCAUUGGACACCUAAAGGGUGCCUCUGCCAGCUGGUGGAAUCAUCUGCACUUCCAGCAUCAUGCUAAGCCCAACAUCUUCGGCAAGGACCCUGACGUCAACACGCAGCAUGCCUUUGUGAUUGGAAGCAUACAGCCCAUAGAGUAUGGAAUAAAGAAGCUCAAGUAUUUGCCCUAUAAUCAUCAACAUCAGUACUUCUUCCUCAUUGGACCACCCUUGAUUAUUCCAGUGAUUUUCAACAUGCAGAAUGUGCGCAUAAUGUUGUCUCGUCGUCUCUGGGUGGACUUGGCAUGGUGGUUCAGCUUCUACGCAAGAUUCUUUUACAGCUACAUUCCUUUCUACGGGGUCUUUGGCUCUCUGGCACUUAUCAGCUUUAUAAGGUUUCUGGAGAGCCACUGGUUUGUGUGGGUGACACAGAUGAACCACAUUCCUAUGGAGAUCGAUCACGAGAAACAUCAGGAUUGGCUCACCAUGCAGUUGAGUGCCACGUGUAAUAUUGAGCAGUCGUUCUUCAACGACUGGUUCAGUGGACACCUCAAUUUCCAGAUCGAACAUCACCUGUUUCCCACAAUGCCUCGGCACAACUACUGGAAGGCAGCCCCAAUGGUGCGUGCGCUGUGUGAAAAACACGGUGUUCGAUAUCAGGUGAAAUCGCUGUGGCAAGGUUUCACCGAUAUCGUCGGCUCCCUUAAGAAGUCUGGAGACUUGUGGCUGGACGCAUAUCUUCAUAAGUGACCCCUGGGUCACGGGAGGCUUGGCGUUAGGCUUCACGCGACAAGUUUUGCAAAUAGAACAUUUUAAUCCUUGAGGUUUUAUUGAAUGUGACGAUGUGACUUUUAAAAACGUGAUCAGUUUUGCACUUGAUCGGUAUUAUGAACAGCCAUAAUUUUGUACAGGUUUCCCCUCAUAUAACGAAGGCUCCUUUUGUAAAAACUCGGUUACGAGAAAAUGAAAUAUGUACGCUGUCCUCAGCUUGAAAACACAAGUGGAACUGGAAGUUUGUUCCCUGAUGCGCUUUUUUGUAAUUCCAGAAUCACCUUUACCCCAGGUUAUCAAUAAAAACUGAGGAAUGCACUUAAGAGGUUAGGUUCUGUUUAAAAAAAAAAAAAAAAAAAAAAAAA